AUGAAGUUCAAAGUAAAAAUAUUAUUAUUAACGAUAUUAGUGGGUUGCACCAUCACCGCCGUAUAUGGCGAUAAUGAAGAUCCCACCUUGGAGACAAGUGCAGACAAUAUUAGUGCCGCCUCCAAUGACCCAACCACAUCCAAUGAAGAAAUCUAUGAACCCGAACUGAUACAACAACAGGUUGAAGAGGCUCAACGUAUACUCCACGAUUUAGAUAUGGAAAUGGAAACAGAGACAGAAAUCUCGAUGAAGACGGUGCGUAAUAUUUCCGAUAAUCAAUUGAAUUCGGGUUAUGCAUCUUCUUCGUCAUCGUCGUCCUCCACCUCCUCUGAGGAUAUUCCCAUAUCCAAACAAAAGGAUGACGAUUAUGUGAAUGAUUCACAAUUGUCUAAAGAAGAUAAGCAGGAUGAAGAUCAGGAUCUACUACAUGUAAAUAAAUCUCGUAUGGGUCGUCUACUACCCAAUCCAACAUCUGGGACCAACUCACCAGCACCUCCCACCCACAUUCCAGACUAUAUACGCCAAAUGAAACCCAGUGAUGAAGAUGAAGACAAUAAUUCUCAAGAAGCUGCAAAUCUCUCCCUUGCCGAUUAUACCGAUGACACCAUCAGUAACAACAACAGCGAACCUCAACAUCUAAGAAGUUCGGGCCAACAACCCAGCAUCGAUUAUGAUGAGCCAACGCCACAGGCCAAAGAAAAUGAGGACAUUGUCCCCCUGGCGAUGCGUUACUAUGACGGAGAAACCAAUCAAGAGGUGACAGCAGCUGCUUUGCAUGACAACAACAAUAAUAACAAUACCAACAAUGACAGCAACGAUGACGAUGAUGACUAUCACGAAAGUGCUGGUGAAACCAAUCGCCUAAACAAUGAACCCAUACCCAUGCCCCAGGUCCAACCACAACAACAAUGGCCAGUGCCACAACAAAGAUCAUUUGCAUUACCCACAAAUAAUGAGGCCUCAGUACCACCACCACCACCACCAUCCUCUGCACAGAAUAGUUCGGAAGAAUAUUAUGAUGAGGAAGUGUCAUCCCGUGAAGAUGAAUUGAUGGUAACCACAACGGCUGCCGGAGCAGCAGCCAUAACGCCCACCAGUCAAACAAAUAGCGAACCUCGUCCAACAAUGGUAAUACUUGCUGCCGGUUUCCCCCUGGCCUAUCAACCGACCACAAGUGCUCCAGUACCACAACGCUCCAAUAACCAAACACCACCACCAGCACUAAUGACACCCGCAUCACCAACUUUUGGGCCAACAACACCACCAUAUCCACUAAUUGCCUCUGCCAUGGCGGCUGCAGCAGCUGCUGCCUUACCCACCACCGGUGACAAAAAAGGCAAACAAAUACCCAUUGUAGCCACGACAACAACAAAAACAACGGCGACUACAACGACGUCGACAACAACAUCAAAAACCCUUCCCCCACCGCCUCCUCCCCCCAUUGUACCCGCCAUACCGACCACCAUUAAGACCAUUAAUGCGGUAGCCGGCACCAGUCGACGUCACUUGUUGCCACACGAACAAUUGCGUAACUACAUCGAAGAUGCCUACAUUCGGAUGCCACUUGCGGUUAUUGUCGAUCCAUCGUCGGAAUCAUUGGAAAAGACGAAGGCCUUGUGGAAUGAGGCAUUGCGUGCAAAUUUAAAUAUCAAAAUUAUUUUGGUUACAUUGAAUGAAUCGGAUAUCCCAGCGGCAUUUAAUUUCAACAACUCCCGACAAUUUCUCACCGGUUUGAAUAGCAUCAAAGAGCAUGAGGGUGGUGAUGCCUUCCGUGGCAUAUCCCACGCUGCCGAAUUGGUACCCUACGACAGUGCCGUAUUCAUAUCGACAGCAACAUUGGCCAAUCAUACGGAUCAAGUGCAUGAUGCAGCCAUAACAUUGUUGAAAAAGAGAAUAAGGCUCUAUCUCAUUUGGUUCGGUGAACGUUCGCUAAGCGAAAAUGAAACCCAAGAAACGGUUGGAGGUAUUUUGGGUGAGGUAGCCAUACGUUCAGGCGGUGAAGUCUUGCACAUUGUGGGCAAUGAAAAUUCCAUGGAAUUGGAGGGUAGUACGCUCACAAUUGUAGCGGAUGCCUUGCGUGGUUCCCAGGAGCUGGAUGUACCCGUUGAUACCACACUAUCCAGUUUACAUGUGAAAAUUGACAAACUGAUGCGAAGGGCGGUAUUGGAAACGCCCAAUGGCGAUAUAAAUUUAAAGAAAUUGGUAAAAUUGAAAAUCCCCUUUAUGAUAACACCCGAAGAUGAUAAUCGUUUGGAUGCCUUUGUACCGUUGACGAAAUUACGCAAAGCUUCGGUAUAUAAAUUGAAAAUAAUACCGGAAAAUUUGACCGAUGAAUAUACCGUAUUUAUACGCGGUGAACGUAAAGCCGACACGUUUUUGGACGAUGUCAUCAAACACUUUGAAACCUAUCUCUACGAAGGUCACACUCUCUAUCCGGCCCGUUUGCGUAAUAGUAAAAUACAAAGUAUUACAUCGGGUCUGACAAUUGCUAAAGUUCCGACACAUGGCAGUUUACGUUUUCCCGAUGAUAAGGAAAUGAAAAAUGAACCCAAGACCCAAGUUGAAACGUUUUCAUCGACAGAAAUUCAUCAUAACACCCAAGCUGAAAUAUUGCCCGUAAAUGCUAGCAGUACUGCUAGCAUUCCGGCACAAAAUGCAGUGUUAAAUCCUCGAACUACGAAUGUGUUGCAGAGAACAAAUACGAAAAUUGAAAUGGGUAUUCAUUCACAAGUUUUGAUAUCGGCCGGAAUGAUGGGUCAGCUAUAUUUUGAAGUAACCAAUACGGGGUGUGAUAGUAUCCUCUAUAAUAUUCAGGUGGUGGAUGAAAAGCGUUAUCUGAUGCGAUUGGCACCACAGAGCCUUUUCCUAAGUCCAGGUCAAAUGGCCACCGUCACAGUAACCGUGUUGGCACCCCAAGGUACUGAGGCAGGUACUGUGGAUCACAUAACAUUUUCGACAACUGGGGUGGGACAAACCACAUCCUUAUCAUUGAAUCUUAAAGUUGUCACCGCAUCGGAUAUACAGGACAACUCUGCACCCGAGCUCUCUUGGACCUUUGGCAGCCGCUGUGAUGGUAUCUCCACGUCGGAUGCCACCGAAUGUAGCGAACGUUUUUGGAGUUUAUAUGUAACGGCGCGGGAUUGGCAAACGGGUGUUAUGCGAUUGCAGUCAACCCCUACUGGAGGUCUAAUGUACACCAACUCCUAUGUGAUUGGCAGCAAUGAACCGUUGAAGGCUACCUAUAUAGCAAGUUGUUGUGAACCCAAAGUUAGCCUUGUGGCUUAUGAUGUUGUCGGUAAUCAAAAAUCCUAUAGCAUUGAUGUACGAGAUUUGGUCUUGAAUGAAGCUUCGAUUGCGGCAAUCACCUUGGGUGUCAUUCUGCUACUGAUUUUAUUAAUAUUGAUCAUUUGGGCUAUUGUGUGGUGUUGUCGUCGCCGUAAGAUUGUUUUGGAUAUGCCCACCUAUCGUUCACAUUCUACACGUAGUAUGGAAUAG